CUAGCAGAGAUUUCGAAUGUUGAAUAACAAAAUUUAUUUUAAUUUUUCUAUAAUAAAUGGAUUAAUUUAUUUGUUUUAUUUUUCAGGUGCAAAAUAUUAUAUUCAAUAUGCUAAAGAACAAUUUUUACUACGUUGGUCAACAUUAAGUCGUUUAAGUGAAUAUGGUCGUAAAACAACAAUUCAAUUAAUUCAACCUUAUUAUGAACUUGAUCAAUUUCUUAUAUUUAUUGAAAAAAAUUUACCAUUAUUAAAAUCUCUUGAAAAUCGUUAUUUAACAAAUAAUAAAAAUGAUACAACAAUACGAUAUUUAUUUCUUGCACGUAUACAUUAUAAUUUAUUAUCACAAUGGCAAUUAUCAGAUGUUAUACGUAGUUCAAUACAAACAUGGGAUGAUAUUGUUACAAAUCGAUCAUUAUUUUUAGAUGUAUAUAUCAAAAAUUUAAUAUUUUUUUAA